AUGAGAAACUCACAAGACAAUACUGUAACUCCUCCACCACCCACUCCCUCUAAUUCAUCUACCCCUCCUCCACCUAGUACAUCUCCAAAACCCUGGUUGAGAAGGGUGAAAAUGCUUGCCCGGAAAAGAGUAGCAUCUGGGGUUCUCUCAAAGAAAUUAAAUGAGAAAUUAAAGGCAAGCAAGGUCCAAGACUCUGACUCCAACUCUGAUUCUGAGUCAUACAAAUCCGCUAGUGAUAGGGAAGGACCUAGGUCUUCUGACUCUAAAAAGACUCAAGAAUCCCCUUCUAAGGUAAGUUCUUCUGAAAAUGUAGAAACUAGGUUUGUUCUGGUUAGACCUGUCAGUGAUGUUGAAUUACCUGAGUUACGAUGGAGUGGAGGUAAAAUGAAAUCUGAAAAAGAAAAGAGAGAGAGAGGGUGCAUGUGGUAA